UCAUUUUCUCCAGCGUGGAAUCCCCUACCUGUUCGCGAUGUAAACACGACCACGUCGGUGAAAUAAUGUCAUCGACUUCAUAUGCCUAUAUAAAGACCCACAGGCCGAGAUUUUGGUACCAUACACUAAUAAAUCUAUAACCACUGUCGUAGUUAUACACCUCCAUAAUGGGUUUGUGGCUGACAAAAUUAUAUGAUGCGUUAUCGUCAUUUGGAGAAGAAGAUCCGUCAAAAAUCAUAAUGCUAGGUCUGGACAAUGCAGGUAAGACAACGAUCCUUUAUAAACUGAAGCUUAAUGAGGUGGUGUCCUCGAUCCCGACCCUAGGGUUUAACGUGGAGACCGUGACCCCGUGUAAGGGCGUGACCUUUACAGUGUGGGACGUGGGAGGACAGGACAGGAUCAGACAGCUGUGGAGACACUAUUACAGCGGGGCAGAAGGUCUUGUGUACGUGGUAGACAGCACAGACACACAGAGGCUGUCUGAAGCCAAGGAAGAGCUGUUUGGGAUCUUGAACAGUCCGGAAAUGCCUGUCAGCUGUCCGGUAGUGAUAAUCGCCAACAAACGGGACAUGCCCAAUGCCAGGAAAGCUUCCGAAAUCAUCGACGCUAUGGAUUUGCGCACUUUGCGGAAUAGGAAGUGGCAUAUACAGUCUUCUUGUGCAACCACAGGGGAGGGACUCUAUGAGGCUGUGACGGAACUUGGUAGACUAGUCAAGGAAUACAAGAGACAUCAGACGUAAUUAACGUCAGGUCGGAGCAUGUGCUCUUUGUUAUCUAGUCAACGAAAUAUGUCCCCAACCGACAUAUUCCCACAAGUCUGUGCGUCAGAAAGGGCCGCAACCCCUUAGGCCACGCACCACAAGUCUGCGUCACCAGGAACGUGUGUUGGGCUCCGUCUAUCACAGCACCGGUGCCACACGUCACAACAGAGUACGUCCAUACCAUAUGUGUGACAAAUGUAUGUUUGACAAUAAGAAUGCUAGUGUUCGAGAAAUUAAGUCGAAUAUUCUAUCUAAAAAUUAAAAACUGUGUCUGUUUUUAAUGUAUAUCUAUCAAUUAAACAUGUGAAAAUCAAUUAA